GCCACUCCGAGUGCGACUCUCACCUUCACGUUCCCGAAACCCAGGCUCCUGAUUCGCCCUUUUAACUCGAUUCUCAGCCCGCCAAGCGCCCGCUCGGACUCGGACGAGGCUUCAUUAAUUCUUAUAUAGAUUUGCUGCAUACCGACAGCACUCUUUCGCUUCUCACCUCUCGUCAAUCUCUUGAGUUUUCUCGGUCCAACAUUGGCAAAAGCUUGCUCACAGCCACAACCUACCGCCAUGGCUCCGAAGACAGCAGGCGGCAAUGCUGCUUUCCACAACUUCCAUAACGAUUUCGCACACAUCGAGGACCCUAAUGAGCGUCGUCGUCUUGCGCUUGCUGAAAUCGACAAGGCUCCGUUUGGCUGGUACCAUGUGCGCGCCUGUCUCGUAGCCGGCACUGGCUUCUUCACCGACAGUUAUGACAUCUUCUGCGUCUCUCUUUUGACUAUCAUGUUGGGUAUCGUCUACAAGCACGACAAUCAGGGAGCCCUCACCACUCCCCAGGACACCGCCAUCAAGGUCGCCACUUCCGCCGGAACCGUUCUUGGCCAGGUCGGGUUCGGCGCUCUUGCAGAUGUCGUCGGCCGCAAGAGGAUGUAUGGACUUGAGCUGAUUCUCAUUAUCGUUGCCACUCUCGCUCAGUCUCUCGUCGGGCCUGGACCUGGGACUUCGGUUGUCGGCCUCAUUAUCUUCUGGCGCGUGCUCAUGGGAAUUGGCAUUGGUGGUGACUACCCUCUUUCGUCUAUUAUCACUUCCGAAUUCGCCACUACCAAAUGGCGUGGAGCCAUGAUGGGCGCCGUUUUCGCCAUGCAAGGCUUCGGUCAGCUUGGCGGCGCCUUAGUUAUGCUUUGCCUCGUCGCCGGCUUCAAGGGUUCUCUCAGCACUUCGAAGGACUAUGCGAGCUGUACUGGCAACUGCGUUAUUGCUGUCGACAAGAUGUGGCGCGCACUCAUUGGCAUGGGUAUCGUUCCCGCCUGCAUCGCUCUCUACUACCGUCUCACCAUUCCCGAGACUCCCCGUUAUACCUUCGAUGUUGCUCGGGAUGUCGAGAAGGCCAACGCGGAUGUCUCAACUUACAUUUCCGGCAAGAAGGGUGAGGGCCAUCCCGACGAGAUUAGUCAAGCCACCGCUCGCCGUGCCUCCGUCUCUCUUGAUGUCCCCAAGGCUUCUUGGGGUGACUUCUUCUCCUUCUAUGGAAAGUGGAGCAAUGGCAAGAUCCUCUUCGGAACUGCCAUGUCCUGGCUACUCCUCGAUGUUGCUUUCUACGGUCUUGGCUUGAAUUCAUCCACUGUGCUCACUGCCAUCGGCUACGGAAAGGGUCCUACUGUUUACAAGCAACUCUUCAACAUCGCUGCCGGCAAUUGCAUUCUCGUCUGUGCUGGUGCCAUCCCCGGCUACUGGCUUGCAGUUGCUACUCUCGACACUGUUGGCCGUAAGCCGCUUCAAUUCAUUGGUUUUAUCUUCUUGACCAUCCUCUUCAUUGUCUGGGGCUUUGCGUACCACAAGCUCUCUGGACAUGCCAUGCUUGGUCUCUACGUCCUCGUCCAGCUCUUCUUCAACUGGGGUCCAAACAUGACCACCUUCAUUGUCCCAGGGGAAUGCUUCCCUACGCGCUACAGAUCCACAUCCCACGGUAUCUCCGCUGGUUCUGGCAAAAUCGGCUCCAUCAUUGCGCAGGCAGCCAUCGCUCCUCUGCGAACACGCGGAGCAACCAAGGACAAGGCUAACCCCUGGCUCAAUCACGUCAUGCAGAUCUACUCCGCCUUUAUGUUCGCGGGCAUCUUUACCACGCUACUCAUUCCAGAAACCAAGCGCCGCACUCUCGAAGACCUCGCUAUGGACUGGGAUAUGGGUGGUGAGAGCAUCACGGGGAAUCCGGUGCAAUCCAAGGCUGCGGAUGGCGGUAGCGAUGAAGGCGUUGCUGAGGCGGAGCCGAAAGCUGCUUAGGUGUUGUACCUGUAUUACCAUAUUUCCUUCGUUAAUGGAUUGGAUGCAUGGUCUCAUACCCUAGAAGCGUUUGGAGGUCGAUGAGGUUGAAGCCAUCUCUCUUUCUCAGCUACAUGGAGGUUACAAUAGUGGCUAUCUUCGUAGCAUAAUAAACUGCAUAUCCUCUUG